AAGCUUCAAUUCAUUGACGAUUCCUCAACAAAAACCCCCAAAAACUCAAAGUAUCAUCCAGUUGUCAAAAAAAAAAAAAAAAAAGAAGCAGCAAAUAUAUUAGCCAUUUCUCUUUCAGCUAUUAAUGCCUCUCUUGGCAGUUUCCAUGUCUUUUUAAUCCUACUCACACCUCGAUUCCACCGCCAUUUAUUAAUUCCAGCGUCACUCGUUCACACACUCUCUCUCUCCUGUGCUCCUGCGAAGCGCUAAAGGACAACAACCACCACAAAACAUUGGAACAACACCAACACCAACGUUUGAUGGCAGCGACAACUACAACAACUUUCCUCAAAGUUCAAAACCAGCCCACAAAGCCCAAACGACGCAAGUAUCGCGAAACUACCAUCUCCGCUUCUGCUUCUCCAAACGACACGCACACCACCCCACGCCGCACUCACGAUUUCCCUUUAUGCGCGACCCGGAACCCGGAACCCGAACCCGACACAGCAUUACCCGAUUCUCCCUCAACUUACAAGAUUCGGUUCUCUCCCGGUGGCUUUUCCCCAAUCAUGGACUUCACCCACGGUUCCCCUAUUGCCACCGUAAACGGGCAUUCGGGUCAUGACCCGUUUCCUUCAAGCUUCUCAAAGUUCAACUCUGCACUCACCGCGGGCCUCCUUAACCCAAUGUCGCCUCCACCCGAUAAGGCCCGAUCGAGCCCAACGCUUUUCGAAAUGAUGGCUAGUGAACCCGAUAUUCAGCAGAGACCCACCCAAAUGGUACCCAACAAUGUUGCUGCUUCGUCGGUGCAGAAACCCCAAAUUCAGGUGCUGGAUCGCCAAACCCUAAUGAUGCAGCGGAUUUCGGAGUUGUUGGGGUCUCGUAGCCCUGGGAACCAGUUCAACGACGCCGUUUCCAGUGAUAUUAAGCUAACGCUUAGUUCCAAGGAUGGGAUUAGUGUCUCCAUGAACGUGCAUCGCCAAAUCCUCGUUGCUCAUAGUAGGUUCUUUGCAGUGAAGCUCUCUGAUCGGUGGACCAAGCAGCAGCAACAGCGCUCGCCGUUGCCCUACGAGGUUGAAAUCGCCGAUUGCGAUGAUGUUGAGGUUUAUAUUGAGACUUUGAGGUUGAUGUAUUGUAAGGAUCUUAGGAAGAGGUUGAUGAAGGAGGACGUGUCCAGAGUUCUGGGUAUCUUAAAGGUUUCGGCUGCAAUUGGAUUUGAUGCUGGCGUUUUGUCUUGUCUGGAGUACUUGGAAGCAGCCCCAUGGGCAGAGGAUGAAGAAGAGAAGGUGGCCUCACUCCUGUCUGAGCUUCAUCUUGAAGCAGUUGGUGCUGGGGAAGUUUUGAAGAGGGUUUCGACUGAUGUUGCCAAUGGAAAUGGAAAUGAAGAGGGGAAUGAUAAUGAGGAAGUUCUUCUUAAACUUAUUCGUGUGGUUCUUGAAGGUAAAGAUGAGAAGGCCAGGCGCGAGAUGAAAGGGUUAGUGUCAAAGAUGCUCCGUGAGAAUUCUUCUCAGAAUGAUCUUCGGAAGGAGUCAUUGUACUUAGCAUGUGAUGAUUGUCUGCAGUUACUUCGUCGUCACUUUUUGCAGGCUGCUGCUUCGGAGCUGCAGGAUGUGAGUCAAAUUGCACGACAAGCAGAUAAUUUGCAUUGGAUUUUGGAUAUUUUAAUUGACAGACAGAUUGCUGAGGAUUUCCUGAAAACAUGGGCAUCUCAAUCAGAUUUAGCUGAAGCUCAUCCAAAAGUGCCAGCAGUUCACAGGUUUGAGGUUAGCAGAGUAACAGCAAGGCUGUUUGUUGGGAUUGGGAAAGGACAAUUACUGGCUUCUAAAGAUGUUAGGUGUUUACUUCUGAAAACAUGGCUGGUGCCCUUUUAUGAUGACUUUGGUUGGAUGAGGAGGGCAACCAAGGGCCUUGAUAGGCACCUAAUUGAGGAUGGUCUUAGUAACACAAUUCUCACUCUGCCACUCUCCUGGCAACAGGAAAUUUUGCUUGCUUGGUUUAAUCGUUUCUUGAAUUCUGGUGAAGAUUGCCCAAAUAUUCAAAGAGGGUUUGAAGUUUGGUGGAGAAGGGCGUUCUGGAAGAGGAAUGGAGAGCAAGAACGGACAAGACCAUUACGAAUUACAACCACAUCAGUUGAGAACCCUUGAACACAGAUUGUUCCAGUGUGGAGGAAUUGGCAGCAAUUUAUUGGGUGUGUCACUUUUUAACCUUCUCAUGAUCAUCUCUAUUUAAUUCCUCUGUGAUUAUCAGUAUUUUAAUCUUCUCUUAGACCUUGGUAGUUGACUUGGAAAGUCAGUUGUGUGAAAUGUGUUAGUUAGACUUAGUGUCUUCAUACUUUGCCCCAAAGAAGAAAACAAUUUUUAUUUUCACCUACUAUUUUCUUGGAAAUAAGCAGAGAGAAAUUGGUUUAUUAGUUUGACUGGAUACCUGGAACCAUUUUCCUUUUCUCACUUUCUGUUGUAUGAUUUAUACCUAGGUUGGUCAUAAUUUUGCUCUCUCUCGUUAGUUGAAUGGUUGGCAUUCUCAAAGUAGAACUGAUAGAAGUAAUCAUGUGAUACCUAAGACAAAAUCACCUGUUAUUUUAUCAAUGAGAGUACCCCAUCUUUCUCGUGAGUCAUGUCAUCCAUGUAGUGGCAAGAUGUCUUUAGUUUUGUAUGUAAUAUUUUUAGGUUCCAAACUAUCAGUAUUUUAAUUUUCUGUCAAACCCUGGUAGUUGACCUGGAAAGUCAAUUGUGCAAACUAUGUUCGUCAGACCUAGUAUCUUCAUACUUUGCCUGGAAGAAUGUAACACUUUUCACCUCUUAUUUUGUUGUAAAUAACCGGAGAAAUUGGUUCAUUAGUUGAUGCGGUGCUUGGAAACCAUUUUCCUUUUCUCACUUCAUAUCUGUUUCAUGAUUUAUAGCUAGGUUGAUCAUAAUUUUCCUCUCUCUUGUUAGUUGAAUGAUGUCAUUCUCCAAGUAAGAA